AUGGACGCAGCUCUGCUCCUGAACGUGGAAGGGGUCAAGAAAACCAUCCUGCAUGGGGGCACAGGAGAGCUCCCGAACUUCAUCACUGGCUCCCGAGUGAUCUUUCACUUCCGCACCAUGAAAUGCGACGAGGAGCGGACGGUCAUUGACGACAGCAAGCAGGUGGGCCAGCCCAUGCACAUCAUCAUUGGCAACAUGUUCAAGCUCGAGGUCUGGGAAAUCCUGCUGACAUCCAUGCGGGUUGGUGAGGUGGCAGAGUUCUGGUGCGACACCAUCCACACGGGGGUUUACCCCAUCCUGUCCCGGAGCCUGCGGCAGAUGGCGGAGGGCAAGGACCCUACGGAGUGGCACGUGCACACGUGCGGGUUGGCCAACAUGUUUGCCUACCACACGCUGGGCUAUGAUGACCUGGACGAGCUGCAGAAGGAGCCACAGCCUCUGAUCUUUGUGAUUGAGCUGCUGAAGGUUGAGGCACCCAGUGAGUACGAGAGGGAGACCUGGAACCUGAGCAAUGCCGAGAAGAUGAAGGCUGUGCCCAUCCUCCAUGGAGAAGGGAACCGCCUCUUCAAGCUGGGUCGCUAUGAGGACGCCUCUUCCAAGUACCAGGAAGCCAUCGUCUGCCUGAGGAACCUGCAGACCAAGGAGAAGGCAUGGGACGUGCAAUGGCUGAAGCUGGAAAAGAUGAUCAACACCCUGACCCUCAACUACUGCCAGUGCCUGCUGAAAAGGGAGGAGUACUAUGAGGUGCUGGAGCACACCACGGACAUCCUCCGGCACCACCCAGGCAUGGUGAAGGCAUACUAUGUGCGCGCCCGGGCGCACGCGGAGGUGUGGAACGAGGCCGAGGCCAAGGCGGACCUGGAGAAAGUGCUGGAACUGGAGCCGUCCAUGCAGAAGGCGGUACGCAGGGAGCUGCGGCUGCUGGAGAACCGCAUGGCGGAGAAGCAGGAGGAGGAGAGGCUGCGCUGCAGGAACAUGCUGAGCUAG